AUGACUGGGGUAUAUGGAUACAACAUGCCUACUGGAUUUCAGGGUGGAGCCAGUCCUGGAUUCGGGUCGAUGUCGGCUGGCAAAACAUCCUCUGAGUCAACAAUCAGCGGUUUUCAUCCUUACACAGGUUACAGCGCAUGCAGUCUAAGAAAUGUGUAUGGAACAAAUGUUGGAACAGAGCUUUGUGCUGGGAACAAUGUCUCUUGCGCUACAGAGCCGGGAAACUACUUUUCAGGCAGUGAACACAUUUUGGGGACGGACGCCUUUUUAGCAAACAAUUUGUAUUGCCAAGACUUUUUACCACUUAACGCUAAAUAUCAACAAGGAAGCUUCCAACAAGCAUUCAAUGCAAACUUGCUACAGAAUCUUUGUGUGUCAAAAGCCGAAGUGGGAUCCAGCUUUCCAGUUUCUUCGGCUACCGCCAGAAAAGACCGAAACCAUCCUUUUUACUGGCGAAAGCGCGUGGAACCAGCGGAAGGUAUGACUAGAACCAAGGAUAAAUACAGGGUGGUUUACACAGAGAAACAGAGAAAGGGACUGGAAAGAGAAUACAACACAAACAAAUUCAUUACAACAGAGAGGAAGGCAAAGAUUUCAGAAGAACUAAAUUUGUCUGAAAGACAGAUAAAGAUAUGGUUUCAAAACCGAAGAGCGAAAGAGAGAAGAGAUUCUAGAAAAAGCAAAGAAAUAGAACAAACAGGGAAAUGUAAUGAAGACGAUAACAGUGUUGACAAGCCUUUUCCAAACAGUUUAGCCGGAACCAAUUUCUCUACUUCCUGUCGUUUUACCGGAAAUGCUGCCCAAUCCGAAGAGAGGUUAUACCAUUCCGGACAAUGUCGCUUCAUUAAUCAUUCUGAAUCGGACAGAUUCAGCACGAAUAGAUCUUCAAACGCUUGUCUCUUUGAAUCACGUGAUUCUGAAUCACUGACACAUUCUGUAACUCCAUUUGAACUGAACAGAUCAGUUGAAAACAAGUUCAUCACGUCAUUAGAUGUUUCACCAUUGACAGGGAAUUUAAAUUUUGAUUUCGGACUGAGAUUGUAA